AUGACAAAUAAGUGUUUGUGUGUGCGUUUUAUAAGUGCACAAGUGAAGACAAACUUCAGCAUUUUAUUCAUGCAUUUGCAUUUUGUGCACAGACUGAAAAAACUGAUGUGAAAUUAUUUGGCAGCCGGAUGCUGAUUCAUAUCCUUUUUCUUUGUCUGAGUUGUGUGUGAAUAUAACGUGUAAAAACUUUGACAGUCUCCUUCAUCUGUGAAGAUUCUGUAAAGUUAUAUUAUGACCAAAGGGGUACAGUUUUUGGAGACAAAUGGGUCUCUGUACAGACUGACUCCACCCUCGGCUCCAAGUUCUGGGCACUGCUUUGUAUUUCUUGGAAGUGAAUUCUGCUGGUCUGGUGAUUAUAUGCUUGUUACGUGUGAAUCUUUUUUUCUUUCUUGCUUUCUUCUUUUAGUUUUAUUUUUAAACACAAGAUCAUUGUGCAGAUAAAACACAGACUUAAAAUACUACAGAUCACUAAGAUAAUAAACUACCUAACAUUUACAUAUUUGUUUAAUAAAUGCUUAAAGAUUUUAAGCAGUUAGCUGUAAUAUAAAUUUACAAGAUCAUUUAAAAGGAAAAUAAUGAUAUAGGCAAAAUAAUGACGAAGAAAGUAUAUCAAAAAAUCUGUGUUGUGGGUUUUUAUUAUGUUCUGCAGCUAGGAGGCAGUAUUGGAUUAUUUUAACUCUGAAUGAAUGGAAAAGUGGGAGAGAUGAAAUACGAGCUCAUAAUCCUCAUUAAAUAGUUUAGUCAUUUUGAAAGUGAAAGUACUUUUAGUCUUUAAAUGCUUUCGCGCGCCGCAGAAGGAUCAUUGGGAUCUUAAACCUCCGCAUGGUAAAGACAAACAGAGCUGGAUGAUGGGUGCUGUUAAUGUUGUACUACUGGUCCUGCUGGUUUGGACUUUCACUGCUGUCUGUGAGGCUGAUGAUGAUGAUAUCAUAAUUAACUGUGAAGAUGUGGCUGGAACUGUGGGACAUGAAAUAAAUCUCACCUGCACAGUCUCUUAUCCAAACCAAAACUGCUACAUGACCAUGUACAAGUUUACUGAUACAGCAGCUGAUGAUAUCUGUAAAGAGCAGUUCAGCAAGGAUCUCCUUAAACAAGAGAGAAGUUUCUCGUGUCCUUACACUGCAGAUAAAGCCAUGAAAACAAAAUUUAAAUUCCAUUUACAAAGCACAUGUGGAGCAAAGACAAAAGAAUUCAGUGUGAGCACACCAGAUAUCAUAAUUAAGUGUGAAGAUGUGACUGCAUAUGUGGGACAUGAAAUAAAUCUCGCCUGCAAUGUCUCUCAUCUGAACCAAAACUGCUACACGACCAUGUACAAGUUUACUGAUACAGCAGCUGGUGAUAUCUGUAAAGAGCAGUUCAGCAAGGAUCUCCUUAAUCAAGAGAGCAGAGUUUCAUGUCCUUACACUGCAGAUAAACCCAUGACAACAAAAUUUAAAUUCUUUUUACAAACCACAUGUGGACAAAGGACAACAGACUUCAGUCUGAGCACAUCAGAUAUCACAAUUAAGUGUGAAGAUGUGACUGCACAUGUGGGAGAUGAAAUAAAUCUUGCCUGCGCUGUCUCUUAUCUGAAAGAAGGAUGCUGUGUGAAGAUGUACAAGUUUAUUGAUACAGUAGCAGCAGAUGAUGAUCCAACAAUCUGUAGAGAGGACUUCAGACGUGAUUCCUGUAAACAAGAGCUCAGAUAUUCAUGUACUUACACUGCAAAUAAAACCAUGACAGCAACAUUAAAAUUAUUUUUGCAAACCAACUGUGGAUCACACACAAAAUUAUUCACUGCAAAUGUAGCAGGUGCUGUUAAAGAUGAGACAGGUAAAUCUUCAGAUGAACCUCCUGUCCAAACAACAGAUAAAACAACGAUUGCUGUCAUCAUUUGUCUCUUGAUCUGUUUUGUCAUUGUGGCUGUGGCAUUGUUUCUCUGGAAGAGACGGAAGACGUCUAGAUCUCCACAGGAUUAUAAUAUGGCUGCACGUGAAAAUAACAUCAGUGAACCUUCAGAUGAAGAAGCAGUGUUAAAAGAAACAUCAGUGAAUGCUCAGACAGUGUCAACAGCAUCACAUCAACCUAAUAUUUAUGAGUCUUUGAUUGUAUGGUAAAGACUAAAGCUCCGUUUUCUGUUUUAUAUUUCUGUGAAAUAUGAUUGUUAUUGAUCUGUUUUAUCAGAUUGUAUUGUAUACAGCUUAAAUGUCAAAUGACUUGUAGUAUUUUCUCCAUAUUAAUAUGUUAAAGAAAAUCAUUUUAAAAUCAACACUUGGCCUCUAUAAACUUAUUAAGAUGCACAGACCAAACUGUGUUUGCUUGUAUUUCUCUAAUUUAUUCAAUGCUUUAUUCUCUGCAUUUGGCAUUGGUAACUUCUGUUUUUGAAACUUUAUGCAUCUUCAAACUAAUUUUAAUAUAAUGAACCAAAAUGUUUCUCAUGAUUAUAUUGCCUACCUGCAGAUUU